CUCCCAAAACGAGGUCGUUUCACAUAUCUUUGAAUUCCACGACAGCCAAAACUUGCUGCGGCAAUCAAACACAUUCCCAUUCCCAAACUUGCUGAUGCUCCUCACUCACCCAGCCCUCUUUGGUUCAUCCUCUUCGGCCAGCUUCUUCUCGAUCGCAAGAGGCGAAUGAAGAAUAAUAGUAUUAUUAUUAUUGUGUUGGGGGUUUUCGUCGCCCUCGUGGCCGCUCUUCUCUUCAGAUUGAAAUUGUUCACCGUCGAAGAAGAAGAAGAAGAUUUGAGAUUGUUCACUGUCGAAGAAUUGGCGUUAUACAAUGGCACUCAUCCAGAUUUACCCAUACUUUUAGGAAUUCUCGGAUCUGUGUUUGAUGUGACUAAAGGAAAAUCUCAUUAUGGCACUGGAGGGGGUUACAAUCAUUUUGCUGGAAGAGAUGCUUCUCGUGCAUUUGUUUCAGGAAACUUCACAGGAGAUGGGCUCACAGACUCAUUGCAGGGGUUAUCUAGCAGUGAGGUGAAGAGUGUUGUUGAAUGGCGGGAUUUCUAUUUCAGAAGCUACACAUUUGUUGGCAAGCUAGUAGGUCGUUACUAUGAUAGCCAAGGAAAUUCCACAAAAUAUUUGAAAGGAGUUGAAGUGAAGGCUGCAAGAGGUGCACAGCUUUUGGAGAAACAAAAGAAAGAAGAAGCUAAACAACCCAGUUGCAAUUCAAGGUGGAGCCAGGGAGAUGGUGGAGAGGUUUGGUGUGAUGUUGGCGUCCCAAGGUUGGUUCAGAGGCCUUUGGAAAUUGCUUUGACUGGGAAGAUGAGUAAGCGCUGUGCUUGUUUUGAAGAAGAGCAACUGGGCCAGCCAGGGUUGGAAGUCUAUGACGGAUGUGACUUCCUUGGCAAGAGUUGCCGAGUUUAAUUAGAUUGUACAAGUCAUGUUUGUCGAACAAGUUUGUUUUAUAUAAAAUUUUUUUUUUUUUUGAUAAUCUUGUUUUAUAUAAUUUUUUAAGGAAAAAAAAAAAUUGAAAAGAGUCUUGUUCUAUUAUUCGUUGUUCUUUACAAAAGAAUGAUACUCUACAUAUAAUAAGAAUGGAGUAUAAGAAGAUAACCAAAAAGGAAUAACUUGUUAAUGCCUAGGUGUCCUAAAGUACAAUAAUUCUUAAAGACUUAUCCGACUUAUUAUCUUUGUUUGCUACAUGGACAAAGUUAAGAAGAAAACUAAAUAAGAAUAUGGAUUUAAAUGUCCGGACAAUGGUACAUGUGUCUAUAUACAACUGUUUCUUUACUGUUUGCAUUGCAUGUGCAAA